UUUUGAUGGAGAUGAUUUUGAUGAUGUGGAAGAAGAUGAAGGACUUGAUGAUCUAGAAAAUGUUGAGGAGGAAGGUCAGGAAAAUGUGGAAAUCUUGCCAUCUGGAGAGCGACAACAAGCAAAUCAGAAGCGGAUCACUACUCCUUACAUGACCAAAUAUGAGCGGGCCAGAGUUCUUGGCACCCGUGCCCUACAGAUAGCGAUGUGUGCCCCAGUAAUGGUAGAGCUUGAAGGAGAAAGAGAUCCCUUGCUGAUUGCAAUGAAAGAACUGAAAGCGCGGAAGAUUCCUAUAAUUAUCCGCAGGUACCUGCCGGAUGGAAGUUAUGAAGACUGGGGUGUAGAUGAACUAAUUAUCACAGAUUAAAUCUCUUCCGUGCUCCAACUUUUAUGGAUAUAUAUAUAUAUAUAUAUUGUGUAAAUAAAUACAAAAUCCCCCUA